AUGCCGUUCAGGUUUGUUUUAGCAAACUACAACCUUACGGACGUGGAUAUUAUCGAAGACUACGAAGUCAACAACGAAAUAAAUGAACACUGGACACAUGAAGAAGUGCAAAUUGUGGUAUUAGCUGUUUUCUUGCUGGUUGUCAUCUUCGCGUUUAUCGCAGUGACAGGAAUGGAUUGCUUCGCACGAAGAUGUAACACGUGCCUUGGACCACUUAUUGUAGUUGAAAACAAGGAAGAUCACCACACUCGAUCAACUGCUCCACCUCCAUACUCACCACCAUUGGCAUACACUAAAACGAUAACGCAUGUGGACUACGAUCCUCCUCAAUAUAGCACGAGUCACAUUACACAUCUAACUAUUAGUUAA